AUGGAGAUUGCACAGGUCUUAGAAAACACUAUCUCUGCCGAUGCCACUAAGCGCCAGGCUGCCGAACAGACACUUCGAAAUGCUGCCCAAGAAAACUUUCCAGCAUACCUUGAAGGUUUAUCACAACAACUAGCCAAUGCCCAGAACUCUCCCGUUGUUAGGGCGGCUGCCGCUCUGGUUCUAAAAAAUGAAUUUUCCGGCCGAGAUCUCGCUAUAGUACACGAGAACCAGCAAAAAUGGAUCAAUUUGGAACCAGCAGUCAAAGAGAAUAUAAGAAACCUCGGCCUUGGGACUUUGGCGACGGCCGACCGUCAGUCUGUCACUAGUGCAGCCCAGUUUGUGGCCGCUAUCGCUGCCAUCGAUCUUCCUACAGGUCAAUGGGAUUCCUUGAUGCCUGCUCUCGUUCAGAAUGUCAACACAGGUGGCGACGGCCUGAAGAUGUCUUCAUUAACAACUAUUGGGUACAUCUGCGAAUUCGAAGAUGACAAUCUCCGCGAAAGCUUGAGCCAGCACUCCAACGCUAUCCUGACGGCUGUCGUUCAAGGUGCACGCAAGGAAGAACCGAAUAAUGAAGUUAGAUAUGCUGCUAUGCGAGCUCUGAGCGAGUCCCUAGAGUUCGUCCGAAGCAACUUUGAGACAGAAGGUGAAAGGAAUUACAUCAUGCAGGUUGUCUGCGAAGCCACUCAGAGCACAGACAAUAGAAUACAACAGUCUGCGUUCGGUUGUCUCAACAGGAUCAUGAGCUUGUACUAUGACAAGAUGAGAUUUUACAUGGAGAAGGCACUGUUCGGUUUAACUGUCCAUGGCAUGAAAUCGGAGGACGAGGAAGUUGCCAAGCUGGCUAUUGAAUUCUGGUGCACAGUGUGUGAAGAAGAAUUGACCAUUGAGGAGGAUAACUCCGAUGCCGCCAUGAACGGCAUCGACGCCACCCGCCCAUUCUUUAAUUUUGCACGGGUUGCCACUAAUGAAGUUGUGCCAGUUCUUCUCGAGCUGUUGACAAAGCAGGAUGAGGAUGCGACUGAUGACGAAUACAACGUCUCUCGUGCUGCUUAUCAGUGUUUGUGCCUCUACGCUCAAACAGUCGGCGGUCUUAUCAUUACUCCUGUUCUCACCUUUGUCGAAUUGAACCUCAGACACGAGAACUGGCGUAUGAGAGACGCUGCCGUCUCUGCAUUCGGUGCCAUCAUGGAAGGACCUGAUGUCAAGAUGCUCGACCCUCUUAUCAAGCAGGCUCUGCCGUUGCUGGUUUCCAUGAUGAGCGAUAAGGUCGUUAUGGUCAAGGAUUCCGCUGCGUAUGCCCUUGGAAGAAUUUGCGAGUGCUGUGGAUCAGCCAUCGAAGCCAAUGUACACCUCCAUGGCCUCAUCACAGCGCUCUUCACAGGUCUUGACGACAACACCAGAAUGGCCGGGUCCUGCUGCUGGGCUCUUAUGAACUUGGCGGAGUCGUUCGGUGGGGACAGUGCAAUGCAACCUGAAAACCCGUUGUCCAAGCACUUCUCCGACAGUGUCACAGCUCUCCUGAAGGCCACUGAGAGACCUGACGCUGACAACCACUUGCGUACUGCUGCCUACGAAGUUUUGUCGUCUUUCGUCACCAAUGUCGGAUCCGACCAAAUCCCUGUUAUCGGAAAGCUCUUGGACCAUCUCGUCAGCCGAAUCGAGAAGACUGUCGAAAUGCAAAAGCAAAUCGUUAGCACUGACGAUCGUGUCACAUUGGAAGAGAUGCAGAUUAGCUUGGCUAGUGUUGUUUCAGUUAUCAUCAACCGCCUCGACAAAGAAGUAGCCUCCCAUGCAGACAGUACCAUGCAGGUUAUCUUACUUGCUCUUGGAUCGCUCCCCCCAACCUCAUCUGUUCCCGAAGCACUGUUUGGUGCUGUUGGUGCCAUGGCCAAUGCUCUAGAGGAAGACUUCGGCAAAUACCUGGACGCCUUCACCCCAUUCUUGUACACCGCACUCGGCAACCUUGAGGAUGCUCAGUUGUGCUCGACAUCGAUUGGGUUGGUCAGCGAUAUCGUUAGAUCUGUUGGAGAGAGAGCCGUCCCACAUUGUGAUAGUUUCAUGAAUUUCUUGUUGAACAACUUAAGGAGCAAUCACCUUAACCAGCAAUACAAGCCAGCUAUCCUUCAAUGCUUUGGUGAUAUCGCACAGGCUAUUACUGGUGCCUUUGAAACCUACCUCCAAGUCGUCAUGCAAGUUCUACAGCAGGCAUCGUUCAUUCAAAUAACUCCUGAUAGUUCCAUCGACAUGCUGGACUACGUUUUGAGCUUGAGAGAAGGUAUCAUGGAUGCUUAUGAUGGUGUCAUCAUUGCCAUGAAGUCCAGCGGCAAAGUCGCUCUCCUCGCUCCCUACGUUCAACACAUCUUCGGAUUCCUUGCUCUCAUUGCACAAGACCAAAAUAGAACAGAGGCUUUGUUGAGAUCUGCUAUGGGUGCCUUGGGUGACCUUGCUGAUGCGUUCCCGAACGGCGAAUACGCCAACUUCUUCCGUUCGGAGUGGCUUAUGCCCAUGAUCAAGGACAUCAGGGCUAACCGCGACUUCAGCAGCCGCACCCACGAUACCACACGCUGGGCCAAAGAGCAGGUUCGAAAGCAGACCAACCUCCCUGCUUAG